AUGUCUCCUAACUCUGUCAACGACGACGUCCUUCUCCACAUCCUCUCAUACCUGUACGGACACGACGCGCUCAACGUAGCGCUAUGCUCGAAGCACCUAUACGGCCUCGCCCUACCGCGCAUCGCCGCCGUGGCUGGGUGCGGGAGCCCAAGAGAGCUGCGUGCGCUUCACAACUACCUGUUCUCCGCUUCUCCGCCGCGCUCCCGCUUCCUCGAGGAACUCGGCAUCUUCGUGCCCACAUUCGACUACCCAGAAAGCACAGUCGCAACCCUCGGCUACAGCGACUACUGGGAGUUCUCGCAGGCGCCCCUCAUCGGCGACAUGCUCCUACACUCCCCCCGCCUCCGGCACCUCAUGCUCGAGCGGCUGCACCCCUGCAUGGCCGCGGACGCGCGCAUCGCACCCGCACUCGGGGCGCUCGAGCGGCUCGAGACCGCGGACUUUGCGACGGUCUCGGAUUGGACGUGGGCGCGCCUGUCCGAGACGCCGCUGAGCACGAGCCUGCGCACCCUCCGCCUGUCGUACUUUUGGAGCGAGGACGACGACCUGUCUAGCGAUGGCGAGACCAAGACGCUCCCGCCGCUCCUCGGCGCGCUCGCCCCGCUCUGCAACCUGCACACACUCGAGCUGUGGAACUUUGACCCCCCUCCCAGCGGCCUUCCCCCGGUGGUGUUCCCAUCUAUACGCGACCUUCGGAUGGCCGCUGCUUCGCCAGGCUCGCUGGAGCUGGUCGAGUGCUGUCCCGGUCUGUCCAACCUCGAGAUUUCGUUCCUCCACGACGGCUCGACCUCCAAUAGUGACCACCUCCGCGAUGGCCCGAGGUGGCCCUCGCUGCAGCGUCUGACGCUGUUUGGCCACAUAGAAAUUGGGACCGUCCUUCAUCGCGUUAGUACGGCGAACAUCGUGCGGAUCGCAAACUCCAGUCUUACGCUUUGCCCCGAUGGCUACAACAUGACGCUGAUCGAGAACCUGCUCGCGCUCCUUCGGCACACAUCGCCCGUCAGCUUGUCGCUCCCGAUAGCCGCGGAGGAGAUGCCCAUGACAUUCUGGACCCAAGUGCCGGCGCUGGCGCCGCGGUUGCGGAUACUGGAUCUGCGGAUAAUGUUCGCAGCGUUGUCGCUCGAAAACAAAGCUAGACUGGACAACAUCCACGACACGUUGCUACCACUGCCGCUCGUGUACCUGUCGAUUUCGGUGUCUACGGUGCCGCCGCCUCGAAUGCCCUUAGGGGACGAUAUGGAAAUCGACACCGAGCCGAAUAAACAGCUUCGCAGAGAUGCGGAGCAGCUGGAGGAGUUCCUUGCCUCUUCGAUAGCCGAGUUGCCAGGGAAGCUUGCGACGGUCAUACCCUCCUUGCGGUUUGUCACAAUAACUUCCGGGGAAGCCAACGAGGCAACCCUGCCAGCGUCACCGAUCGAUGGGGACACGAACUUGAAACAGAACAUGAUCUUGCUCAACGACGACGUGCUCCUCUUGAUAUUCUCCUACAUCCACGGAGGCGACGCGCUCAACGUCGCCCUCGCCUCGAAGCGGUUCUAUGAGCUCGCAAUUUCCGCUGUGGCCCAUGAGGCAUCCUGCUGGGAGUUAGGAAUGGUUCGCCAGCUUUGCGAUUAUAUGUUGACGCACUUAGACUCUCAACCUCGAGCUCGCCACCUACGUGUCCUCGUUUUUCUGCCUACUGCGUUCUGGAAUCUGGGAAAGAAGGCGAAGGACUCCGGUACCGUCUCGCUCUAUGGCGCCAAAUCCCUCGUUGCGGAUGUCCUUGGAGAGGCACGCGGGCUCCGUGUACUACGAUGGACAGAUAAUUUCCAGGAUCUCUUCAGUAUCGACCCGGGCCGUCUCACCGACGUCAUUGAGUCCUGGAAGCACCUCACCGUUUUGGAGCUCAAUAUGGUCGACGACGAUAUAAUCUCCACCCUACGAUCUGUUACAACUCUCACCGUGCUGACCUUGCGAGGCUUGAAAGCGCCGGAACCCGGACAGGAACAUCGCGGCAUGCCCACAUUGCUGAAGACGUUGGCCAAGCUUCACCGCCUUCAUACACUCAUCCUAGAUCAAUUCCGCAGCCCAAAUACUUCGUUUGAAGCCGCCGACGGAUCACGACCCGUUGCCCGGUUUCCAUCUAUCACCGAUCUCUCGCUGAGCGGCUGUUCCAAGAGCUGUUUGCUUCUCGUGCAGCAAUGCCCUAGCCUGUCUAAACUCACGGUCACUCACACUGCCUACCCUCGGCCCUCCCAGACCCUGCUCCCCCCUGAACCUCUCAGCCCGCGCUGGCCUGCGCUCCAGACCCUCGCGAUAUCGACGCGAGACUUGCCGUUGUGCGGCCUCUACCGGUUGAACAAUGUUCGCGAAUUGCAACUCAAGGAUGCGCCUUUUGAAGACUCAUUUAUGCCCAUCAUCCUUCCUCUCGCCUUGUCCGUCCUGUCCCCACUCUCCAUUUCCAUCAUGACCAGCUUCAAGGUGGACAAUAGCCCCUCCUGGGACGCCCUAGCCGAAUCUCAGCCGGGGGUGCGCGUCUUGGAUAUCGUAGUCAACCCACAAAUGCAAAGGCCCUGGUCCAACGUCUGGCAUGACAACAUUCCGAGAGCGCUCUGUUGCCUCCCGCUGAUGUCCCUCCGGUUAAUUGUGUGCUCGCCAUCCCCGUUGGGAACUAGGUUCGCAGCGUUCGAUGAACCUACGCGGAUGCAGACGACAUAUCGUCGCCUUGCGGCGAUCCCGACUCUCUCUAUCUCGACUCUCCCUGGGAAGAUAUUCGACGCCGUGUCUACAAUACGUGUCCUCGCCAUUGCCGAAGAAGUGGAGUGGGUUGAUCGGCGGGAGAUGGCAGCGGGCGGAGCGUCCACGAAGUCUAUGGCACUGCGUCUGUACAUGGAGGACAGAACAGAGGACCUCCCCGGUCGGGAGCGGCAUCUAGAAUGGGGUACUCUCGAUAGGGCGCAGUUUCGCCUCCAUUGGUGGUAUCGCGCUUCCCCGCGGGAAGACCCUAUGCCAAUCCCUGAGAAGGAAGGCGAGCGGGCAUACGCAGCCAUCUUGAGCGCGUGCACGACCGCAACUGGCUCGCUAGCUGCAACGGCAGACUCCACCGAACAGCUUCUUGCAUCCAUGUCUCUGGAAUAG